CUACCUCAGACUCAUCCCGUUCAAUUUGCCCGCAAGGGUUCCUUACCAGCUGUGCUGCCGUCAGUGCGUACAGGAUGAUCGUCUAUGGUUGCGAGUUUAAGAUAGGAUGCGUGAGGAGAGGCCCACCGUCCGCCAGAAAAUAGUUAGAGUGCAACCCAGGGCUGCAGCAAACAAGGUGCUUCGAGGAGGAAGCGGCGCAACUGGAGCUUUGGGACGGCGUACGUGGAGGACGAUAUCAGCCCACGGAUGGAGUCCGCUUUCCGUGCUUUGGGUGGCGGUGACAUUGGCUGUCUUCAUUGGCCUCGGCCGCUUUGCUACCAGAUGCGAGAUUGGACGGGCCAUGGUUCACGAAGCAAUUGCUAUCUACCUGCUACCUAGCAGAAAGACUCAGCCUGCGAUGGGAGACCCACUAUCUACACCGCAGACCCGAGUACCGGGGAACGUCAUUGCAAUCUUAGAUCCAUCGCGAAUCGACUGCUAGUUCGCCCUAGGCCCCUAACACUACUUCCUCCCCUUUCCGUCGAGCCCAGAGUGGCACAGGGAACCCCGUAAGCUCCAAUUACUGGAGGCUUGGCUCGCAUCCGGUA